AUGAACUACGAGCGGUACAAGCUCACAGAUAGCACCGACGUGAUCGUAAAGACCAAUGUACGCCUCUCCCUCCGCCUCCCCGCCCUCCCCGCCCUCAUCGCCUCUCCCCCUCUCACAGACACCACCGACGUGAUUCUAAAGACCAAUGUACGCCUCUCCUCUCCCCCCGGCCCCCCUCCCCCGCGCCCGAGUGUCGCCGUGCCUCCCGCUCUCCCCCCGCGCCUCCCGCACUGCCCCCUGCGCCUCCCACGCACCCACGCCCCCUAG